GGGGGGCUGCUUUUUGCAAAAAAAGGGGGGUGGUGAUUUUUUAAAACAUUGAAGAGGGGGUUAAAAAUUAAGCCAGCCAUUUUGGUUUUUUUUUUUAAUAUAGGGGGGGCACAUAUAUCUAUAUUUUUACCUUCUUGUGGGUGAGGGGGGGGGGGUCUGUUUUAAAAAUAAUUUAAGGGCGGCCAUUUUUGUUCCUUGCUCUUGUGGAAAAUAUUAUCUUGCACUCCCCCCCACUCUUCAGAAUUUGAAUAUAUCUUUUUUUUUUAACUAACUCUCCACACCCCCCCCCCUCAAUCUUGUAAUUCUUUUUAAAGGGGGGGGGGGAAGAAACGAAGGAACACUGAAGGCAAAGUUGUCCAGGAGGAGAGUUCCUUAUUUUUUUUUUAAUUUUUUUUAAUUCAUGGGACUUUUUUUAAUUUUAAUUUUGGGGGGGGCUGAGGUGGUUUGAAGGGGGGGGCUUUUUUUGUGCGUGUGGGUGAGUGGGUGGGUGGGUGAGGGAAGGGGGCCGACCCCCCCCCCCCCCCCCCCCCCCCCCCUUGCCCCCCCCCCCUCCAGCACCACCAUGGCUUCCCCUCUGAGGGAGGACGAGGAAGAGGAGGAGGAGAUGGUGGCGUCUGAGGCGGAGGGGGAUGAAGGCGAAGAGGAGGAGGAGGAGGAGGAAGAAGAGGACGGAGCGGCCAGGGACAACAGCCCGGGAGGCGACAUCUUCCCGCCCGCCGCUCGGCUGACACCGGCGCCGGCUGAGGGGACUGAGGCGCCGCCAGACGAGGACGACGAAGAGCUCCGCGGCCUAGAGAGCCCCCUCAUCGUCAAGAAGAAGAAACGGGGGCCCAAGAAGCAGAAAGAGAACAAGCCGGGGAAACCCAGGAAGCGCAAGAAACUAGUCAGCGAGGAUGAGUUCGAGUCGGACCGAGAGGAGUAUCGGGCCAAGUCAGAGAGCGGCGGGAGCGAUUACGGAGGGGUGGGGAAGAAGAAGCGGAGGAAGCAUCGGGAGAAGAAGGAGAAGAAGACGAAGCGGCGGAAAAAGUCGGAGGAAGAUGGAGUGCAGAAGCCAAAGGUGGAGCAGAAAUCCUCUGCUCAGCUGCUCAUGACCUGGGGACUGGAGGAUGUGGAUCACGUCUUUUCUGAAGAGGACUAUCACACCCUGACAAACUACAAAGCCUUCAGCCAGUUCAUGAGGCCUCUCAUUGCCAAAAAAAAUCCCAAGAUCCCGAUGUCCAAAAUGAUGACUAUCAUGGGAGCCAAGUGGCGGGAGUUCAGCGCCAACAACCCGUUCAAAGGGUCCACGGCAGCUGUGGCGGCAGCGGCAGCUGCGGCGGCGGCGGCCGUAGCAGAGCAGGUGUCUGCUGCAGUGUCAGCUGUCACUGCUGCACCUGAGCUGCCACCCCCGCUGCCCCUUCAGCCGUCUCAGCCUGCUCCCCUCCGCAAAGCCAAAACCAAAGAAGGCAAAGGUCCCGGCCACAAGAAGCGGAGCAAGAGCCCGCGCAUCCUGGAGAUGAAGAGGAAGGGCAAGGGGAAGCGGAUGGCGCCGCUGAAGAUCAAGCUGGGCAUGAUCGGGGCCAAGCGCAAGAAGAGCAGCUCCGUAAGGCUCACUGCAUGCCGGGGAUGCCAGAAUGUCCGUGGAGAUGUGGGGAGGGGUUUAGCGGCGCACAAAUGAAGUAUAUUUGCACAU